CCUGGGCCGGCUGCGCACGCGCCGCCUCGCCCCACGAGGAAACCACCGACCCACAGCCAAUCCACGGUCGCUCCCAGGACGCGGCACCGGAAAACGCCGCGCGGCGCCGGAAGUGACGCGCCGACGUGCUGACGCGCGGGCUCCAGCCGAGACCGAUUCCGCGCCCGCCAUGGCCGACAAAAUGGAUAUGUCUCUGGACGACAUCAUUAAGCUGAACCGGAGCCAGCGAGGCGGCCGCGGCGGGGGCAGGGGCCGCGGCCGGGCCGGCUCCCAGGGAGGCCGCGGCGGGGGAGCACAAGCCGCCGCGCGAGUGAACCGAGGCGGCGGACCCAUUCGGAACCGGCCGGCCAUCGCCCGCGGCGCGGCGGGCGGCGGCGGCAGAAACCGGCCGGCGCCCUACAGCAGGCCGAAACAACUUCCUGACAAAUGGCAACAUGAUCUUUUCGAUAGCGGUUUUGGGGGUGGUGCCGGCGUGGAGACCGGUGGGAAACUGCUGGUGUCAAAUCUGGAUUUUGGAGUGUCCGACGCUGAUAUUCAGGAACUCUUUGCUGAAUUUGGAACUCUGAAGAAGGCGGCUGUGCACUACGACCGAUCCGGCCGCAGUUUAGGAACAGCUGACGUGCACUUUGAGCGGAAGGCAGAUGCACUAAAAGCUAUGAAACAGUACAAUGGCGUCCCUUUGGAUGGCCGCCCCAUGAACAUUCAGCUCGUCACCUCACAGAUUGACACGCAGCGGAGACCUGCACAGAGUGUAACCAGAGGUGGGAUGACUAGAAACCGUGGUUCGGGAGGUUUUGGUGGCGGCGGUGGCACCCGGAGAGGCAGCCGUGGGGGCAGCCGGGGCAGAGGCAGAGGAGCCGGCCGGAGUUCAAAGCAGCAGCUGUCUGCAGAAGAACUGGAUGCCCAGCUGGAUGCUUACAACGCGAGAAUGGACACCAGUUAAACAGCCCGGCAAAUCCGUGCGUGGACCAGGACCCAGAAGUCCGUGCUCCCUGGCGGGGGGGGGGUGACAGACUGGGGCUGUGUGGCCAACGAUGGAUUUGUUUCUCUUAUGUUUUAAAAUAGGAUUUAAAAUUCAUGUAAAGGUUUCUGUUUUGUUUUAUUUUGUUUCUUUUUUUUGUUUCGUUUCUUUUUUUUUUUAAUUCUGAAACAGACCUGUUUUGUACCGAGUUAUUUUUGGGAUACAUUUUACUGGUUGUUGUUGUGGAGAAGGUGGUAUUUUCACCUUUGCCAUAAUAAAAUAGAAAUGUGUGUAGAA